CAUAAUAACCAUAUUGUUGCCAUUUAAAGCUUUGCAUUCUCUGUGAUCCUGUUGGCAUCACAUAUUCUUGGCUUCUGGAACAGCAGGCACCAAGGUACUUGGACCCAUAAUGGUCUCCCUCCCUUCCUCCUUGUUCUGUUCAGAGCACUAAAGCCCUUUAAAAAAAAAAAAAAAAAAGCCAGGUUACAUUUUUCAAUGUGAGCUACUUCCUGCUCUCAUUAACUCCAUCUUCAGUGAUUUGGCCAGAACCUGCUGCCAGUCUGAAAGAGUUGGGGGAAUGUACAAGUCAAAGAUCCCUCGGGCCCAGAACCAGGUCAGUGUCAAGGUCACUCCCAAGAACACUGAGAUGAAAACAGCAGAAGAGCCCAGCCCGAGUCUUGGGCAGACCUUGGAGUGGCUGAGAAAGGAGCUGUCUGAGAUGCAGAUUCAAGAUCAGAGUCUCCUGCUCACACUGAGGCAUCUUCACAGUGUCCUGGAGGAGCUGCGUGCGGACAGCGCCCACUGGGAGGACGCCAGGUCCAGCGGAGGGACAUCCCCCAUCAGAGCUCGAGCGGGCUCCGAAGGCAGGGGCUGCCAGCCGGUUUGCUCAAGGGGUCUGGCCCAGCUCCUCCGAGGGGAAGACAGCAGACGAAGCUCUCUCCCUUAACUGGACGGAGAUGACACUGGGCUUUAACACUCUCCCCAUUAGUCUAACCUUUCACUGUGAUAUUUCAGGGGCAGAGUGUUGGAAUGGGAGUCAGAAAGCCAGGGCUCUGGGUUCAUUUCUGCCCUCAUCUGCUGUGCAUCCCUGGAUCUGUCACUCAGCUUCUCUGUGUCUCUGGUUCCUUUUCUGUCACUUGGGAUUUCUUGGUGAGGCACACAUAAGGUACUGGAUGUGAACACACUUUUCGACUGAAAACACAAACGUGCUCUAGUGCUGUGGCAAGCACCAUGGCAGUAACCCCAUCCUUGGGAAUUUUUCACAAGGCAAUUGUUAAAACAAAGAACUAGAUGUGCAGUAAUGGCUACCAAGUGUUGCCAUGGUGAAAAUUCCAACCCCUGUGUAGUGACUUAGUGGCUGUUUUCUGUCUUCCCAGGAAGCCUUCCCAUUCCCCUUCAUCUGAUAACAUAUUAGGCCCUGUAACCACCCUGGCCAUAGGCAUGGGUAUAUUACCAGGCCUGGCCAAUGAUAUAAUUAUUCAUGGUGGCCCUAAAAAGAUGAUUGGCCCAAUGGAUGGUCAUGUGAACCAACAGAGCUAAUCACCGACCUUCCCUGAGAUUGCUACCUGGAAGCUCUUUCUAUUACACUUAGGCUGAGGCUGCUGGUGGCCAUGUUCCUACCAGGUAAAGAAGACCUGUCUGCAGUAGGAAGGAAAGAGGCUAAUCUCCAAAGAGAAGUAGAGAGAGGGCCACACAACAGAUGGACAGAGAGGAAGAGCGCUGGCUCUUUUUGGUCCCUGGUUUUAGGUCCUAGUUUUGUGAGUUACUCCUGCAUUCUUUCCAGGGACCGAAGCCAGUCAAUUUCACCCCCCAACACAGCCACACACAUCAAUUUGUUUUUGGUUAAGCUGAUUUGAGCAGUUUCCCUCAUUUGCAGCUAGAAUGGUCUUGAGGAAUAUGAUCCAGAUGUUCAAAGAAUCAAAGAGGAGAAAUCAAUAUGAAAAUGGCAUUUCAUUCAAUGAGGGUUUGUGACAACCACCUCCGUAACAGCAGGAAACCAGGCUUGUGAUACAGCAGAGACACUCAGUUGUGUGGGGUGCUGCAGUCAUAACUGAAAAAUUAUAUCUGCCUAUAAGAAAGACUAAAACGGAAAAGGUGAAAAUAAAAAAGUCAUGGUGUUAAGAGGGUCUGAUGAUUGGUAGGCCUUUUUGUUUUUGAAAAUCUACCUGUAUGUUGCUAGAACAUUGUCUUUAUGGCUUUGAAAAAGUAAAUCGAUUCCAUGUAGAGGCAGAGUGGACGGGGUGCAUUAUAAGUAUAAUGUGUGUAGUCAGAUCAACCUGUGGUUUUUGUAUUUGAUAAUAUAAAUGAUACCUGCUCUGUGAUGCUGGAGCUGGGUCCCUGCAAAGCACCUUUUGGUGUUACCAGCUGCUCCCUGUUAGAGUUUCUUAGGCUUUGCCAAUAUACAGCGUGGAGUUAGACUACAAGUCUAGAGGAGAGAAAAGGGGCUUGCUCCUUCUCGUUUCCCUGUGGGCUUCCUGUUCCUGUGAGCAUCUCCCAGCAAUGUUUCUUCACAACAGGCAGCAAUUCCUUCAUGAAGCACCAGACUUCUCCAGGAUCCAGGUUCCAGACUCCUGGGGCCCCUUCCAGGAGCUCAGAGACAUCAGCUUCAGAUGCCAGUCCCUCCUCCCCUGAAGUGUGGGUCCCUGCCUUACCUACCUGGCCCUUUCCUGAGCUCAGAGACACCAGCCCCAGCUGAGCUGAGUUCCUUUCUCAGAUAGCUGAAUUUAAGCUCCAGGGAAUUCCUCCUCUAAGUUUUAAAGUUUGAUAGUUUCUGCCUCUUUUCUUUGUUCCCUCAGCCCUGGAAAUGGCAGAUGCUUGCUGCAAUUCCUACCUUAGAAAGUUCUUUUUAUAACCUUUCAGUCACCCAGUUAACAAUUUUAUACCUAGUUAGCAAUUCUUUAUGUUAAAUUUUCUGUGUUAAAAUAACUGGUGUGGUUUCUGUCUCCUACCUGUCCCAGACUGACACAGCUUUUUGCUAUUAUUACCAAUUGCCACUGUAACCAUUCUUGGUUACACUGGAAAGGCUAAUGAAUGGCACCUUAUUAUUGCUGCAUGGUUAUGUUCUGAUUUGUGAAACUAUGACUAUUACAAAUGGACAAGCUGAUUAGCCACUAUUAUCUUGAGAGACAUCUGCCUGGCCAUGCAAAGUAGAAAUGACAUUGCUCUCCCAUGCCCGAUGCUAAUCACUAGCACCCUCUGCCUCUCCCUGAUUUCCACAUUUGGGCCCAAAGACCAAAAACCCCUGCUAACCCCUCCAUCUCCAAUCUGGGAAGAUAGACCUAGAGCUCCAGAACCUGCCCUUCUGGUGGGAUAUUUGUUGUUCUCCAAGACCCUACAUUUGGAACCAACGUUGACUUCCUGAUCCUAGGUCAGAGAAACCCAAAGCUGAGCCCAGAUGCUGGACAAGGAGUUGGGAUGGAAAUUACGUCUUCAGCGUUGGUCCUAGAGGUCUGGGUUGGAAAUCAUGGCCAUGCAGGACAGUGAGCACCAGAGGGAGCAUGUGGAUCAUGGUCUCAGGAAAAUCCAGGGUUUUCUCUGCUAAGGCAGCAAAAACAGGACUGCACACCUAAGCCUAGCAUCCAGGAUGAGGAGAGGAGGGGACAGAGAUGGAAAAAGGAUUCAUGAGGUCAGAAGCUAAAAAUUUAGGAGCAAGAACAGUUCAACAUGUGAAACCUAGAGUGGGUCAGGGCAGGCAAGGCAGGGCUUACUUACACUGUGACUGAUUAGAAAUGAUCUAAUCUCUCACACCUUUACAUGAGAGCCAGCUUCCAGUCCUGGGUCAGCUGUGACACCUUACAGAGCCCAUGUGUUGUGGUGUAUAUUGAUGUGUAACAAACUGCCUCCAAACUUAAACACAGCAAUCCCUUUAUUAUUGCAACAGCCAUUUAUUAUUGUUGUAAAUUAUGUUUCCCAUAGUUCUGGGCUCAGCUGAGCGGUUCUUGGCUUUGGGUCUCUCCAAUGAUUGCAGUCAGGUGGUGGCUGCAGCUCGCUUUAUCUCAAAGGCUUAUUUGUUGCCCUCUGGCAGGUGAUGCUGGCCUCAGCUGAGGCUGUAAGAUGGAAUGCCUAUACAUGACCCUCCAGGUGGCUGGGCUUCCUCACAGCAUUGUGUCAAGGGUUGGGCUUUACUUUCCAGUCUUUCUGCAUCUUUUCAGGUCCACUCCCACUGCUAAAGAUUUUACUCUCCUGCUAUUUCUUUAAGUCGCAGUUUAUAGAGAGGGAAUCUGAUUGGUCAGCUUAACUUUUGACACCUGGACAUAUCAUAGGUUAUUGGUAUAAAGAAGGUUUACUUUUGUCUUCCACUUCUCCUCCUUCUUCUUCCGUCUCUUCUCCCUCUUUCUCCUCUUCCUCUUCAUUAUCAUCGUCAUCAUCAUGAUCAUCAUACAUAGGUAAUUAAAAGGGAGGACUUUGACAUCAGGCUGCCUAGGUUUGAAUACCAGAUCUGCAUCUUAUCAGCUCUCUAACCUUGGGCAUAUAGCAUAACUUUUCUGUGCUUCAGUUUGUUCUUCUAUAAAGUGGGGAUAAUAACAGAAAUUACCUCAUAGGACUACUGAGCAAAUGCAAUGAGUCAACAUGUUCCUGGAACAUAAGCAGUGCUCAGUAAAUCUUAGCAAUUAUUAUUAAUAAUGACAGCUACCAUUUUAUUUUAUUUUACUUUAAGUUCUGGGAUACAAGUACAGAACGUGUAGGUUUGUUACAUAUGUAUACAUGUGCCAUGGUGGUGUACUGCACCUAUCAACCCGUCAUCUCGGUUUUAAGCCCUGCGUGCAUUCGUUAUUUGUCCUAAUACUCUCCCUCCCCUUGCCCCCCACCCCUGACUGGCUCUGGUGUAUGUUGUUCCCCUCCCCUGUGUCCAUGUGUUCUCAUUGUUCAACUCCCAGUUAUGAAUGAGAACAUGCAGUGUUUGGUUUUCUGUUCCUGUGUUAGUUUGCUGAGGAUGAUGGCUUCUAGCUUCAUCCAUGUCCCUGCAAAGAACAUGAUCUCAUUCGAUUUUAUGGUUGCAUAGCACUCCACUGUGUAUAUGUACCACAUUUUCUUUAUCCAUUGAUGUGCAUUUGGGUUGGUUCCAUGUCUUUGCUAUUGUAAAUAGUGCCACAAUGGACAGCUACCUUUUUUUUUUUGAGAUGGAGUUUCGCUGUUGUUGCUCAGGCUGCUGUGCAAUGGCAUGAUCUCAGCUCACCGCAACCUCCACCUCCCGUGUUUAAGCGAUUCUCCUGCCUCUGCCUCCCAGGUAGCUGGGAUUACAGGCGUGCGCCACCACGCCCAGCUGAUUUUGUAUUUUUAGUAGAGACGCGGUUUCUCCAUGUUGGUCAGACUGGUUUCGAAUUCCUGACUGCAGGUGAUCCGCCUGCCUUGGCCUCCCAAAGUGCUGGGAUUACAGGCCUGAGCCACUGCGCCUGGCUAACAGCUACCAUUUUUAAAGUCAGGAUAGUUUAGUGAUCGUAAGUACAGCCUGGAGCCUCACUGCCUGUGUCCAAAUCCCAGCUCUACAAUAUACUGAUUGUGUGCCCUUGGGCAAGUCAUUAAACUCUCUAUGCCUUGAUUUUAUCAUCUGUAGAAUGGGGAUAAUAGUAUUGCCUAUCUCCUGGGGUUUUUGUGAGGAAUAGAUGAGUUAAUACAUGGAAAACACAACCGUGCUUGUCAUCUAACAACAACUAUGUGUCAUGUAAGCUAUUCAUUAUCAUUAUCAAUCUUCUGCCCUAAAUACCAGCACCACACACGGCGCUGUAAAGAUCUUAGUGCACUGAACACACUCAACAUCUCUGCAAGGGUGAUAUUAAAUCUCCACUUUAUGGAUGAAGGAACUGAAGUUUAGUGGAGCUAAGUUGCCCCCCCAAAAAGCACAAUGAGUAAAUGGCAGCAGUGGCAUUGAAUCUCAGGCCUAUCUUCUGUCUAAGCAGGGCUCUUACUAUGAUAUGAUGUUGCUCUUCUGAUCAGCCACAGUCGGGGAGGGGUGCCAUGAAGAGAGGAAGCAGUGAUGUCAGGCUCAUAGGAUCCCUGCUCCCUCCUUCUGGCAGGGUCUGGGGCAAGACAGUCUCUAAUGUGUGUGAAGUCAACUCUAGGACAACACCUCUGUUAUCUCUCCAGUAAGUAGGCAGACACAGAAUCUGGUGAUCCCAGUAAUGCACAUCCAUCCCUGCUCCCAGCAUAUCUUGAGGCCCAGUUCUCUCCUGUCUCUGCCACCCUGCUUUGUUUUGCCCAAACCCUCCCCAGGUCAUGGGGACAGCUCCUGUUUCACUGGGCUGAGGUCAGUUUCACUGGAUCAAAAUCAAGGUGUUGGCCAGACUGUACUCCCUGCUGACUCUAAGAGAGAAUUCCUUCCUUGCCUCUUCCAGUUUCUCGUGGCUGCUGGCAGUCCUUGACUUAGGUUGCAUAACUUCAGUUUCUGUCUCUGUCUUCUCAUAGCCUUUUGCUCUGUGAGUGUUAAAUCUCCCUCUGUCUACCUCUUAUAAGGAAUCACAUGAUUGCAUUUAGGGCCCACCUGGAUAACCCAGGAUAAUCUCCGCAUGUCAAGAUUCUUAACUUAAUCACAUCUCUAAAGACUUUCACCUGCCUUUCUUUCCAUAUACGGUAACAUAUAAGGAUUAGGACGCGGAGAGGGAAUUUCCCUCUCAUUCCUUCUGGAAAGCAUUCUCUGGCCAAUGUGCAGGGCUAAGAAGAAUCUCACAUAGCUGCAGAUUACCUUGGUCGCUGUCAGAAGAAGAACUUAUGUUUGUUGAACACCUACAACGCACAGGCAUUGUAACAGACCUGACCAGUGAGUACGUGUUAAUAUUUCCAUUCGACAGCGGAGAAAACUGUGACCCAAGGAAGCAAAAGCAGGACAGUUGCAAACAGAUGAAACUGAAGGUUCAAAGUUGGGCUGCUGACAAACGUGUUUAGAUUUCGUACGCGCGCCAUCGAGGACUAGGGUAAUUAGGCUGUGUGUGGGCGCCACCUAGUGUCCAUACAGAGCAAUUCUUCCAUGAAUCAGCCCGUUCCGGGUUGCAGGACUGGCUCACUCUCAGCUUUCCCGUUGUGGCGCAUCUUACUGGGAGGGCCAUGGACCGAGAGGCUUUCUGGCCCCAGAGAUCUGCGUUUGAACUUUAGCUCUGCCGUUGACAGAGUGAUCUGGGGCCUCCUUCUCUGAUCCUUCACUUAUCCUUAACUCUAAAGUAAAAAUGACACCUCUCAGAGCUGUGGAGAUGAUGUUGGAAAGUGCUUUGUAACAAACUGGGAAUAACUGGAGAGAAUGGAAAGAAACAUUGUCUGCAGUUGACAGAGUGAUCUGGGGCCUCCUUCUCUGAUCCUUCACUUAUCCUUAACUCUAAAGUAAAAAUGACACCUCUCAGAGCUGUGGAGAGGAUGUUGGAAAGUGCUUUGUAACAAACUGGGAAUAACUGGAGAGAAUGGAAAGAAACAUUGUCUGCAGUUGACAGAGUGAUCUGGGGCCUCCUUGUCUGAUCCUUCACUUAACUCUAAAGUAAAAAUGACACCUCUCAGAGCUGUGGAGAGGAUGUUGGAAAGUGCUUUGUAACAAACUGGGAAUAACUGGAGAGAAUGGAAAGAAACAUUGUCUGCAGUUGACCAGGCUUGGAUUCAUUUUAAAAAAUACUUAAUGUGCACCUGCUGUGUGUCAGGCACUGUUCUGGAUGUGGGAAUGUCGCAACAAAUAAAACAGACAAAAUUUAUGUUUUUGUGUAGUUAAUAGUCCAGCAUUCCAGUUUUUGAGUCAUUCAUUCAUUCAUUUACAAUAUGUUUCUGGCACUCCUGUGUGCAGCACUUUCCCAAGCAAUGGGCACAGAGGGUAUCUAAUAUGGCUGGAACCCAGGAAGCCAGGGGAACAGGAUGGAGCAAGUCCAGAUUUGUGGGGCCUGAAGUUUAUACGAUUUAGGGUAUCAAUCAUAUACCCUAAGAGAAAGAAUUCAAAGUCAGAAAUACAGAAUUAGGCUAGAAAGAGUUUUUUCUUUUAUAAUGAGAGAUGAAAUAAACUUUAGCUGGCAAAAAUCACAAAACAUAAAAUCUAGAAAAGUAGCACAAUAUUAACUGCAUGAUACGGCUCUAUAAUAAUUUUUCUCUACAUUUUUUUCUGUAACUUCUUUGAUCAUCUAGUCAUGAUAACAAUUUUAUUAUUUUAUUUUCUUCAAAGAGACUGUGGAAAUAAUUCAGUCUCUCCUCUACAAGAUUAAUUUUUUUGUGUGGGUACUUUAAACAAUUUAAACGUUGUAAAAAUGCCAUGUAUAUUUUUAGGAUUAUUGUCAAUUUUGGGGAAGCCUCUAUGUUCCUCUUAUAUAUAAGCUGUAAGCCUUCUUGUAAAGUGACUAAUUUUAAAUGGUAUUUGAGUGGAUGGUACAUUAGCCAAUUUAUUGUUGCUGUCCCUAUUGUAGGGGUGUAUUAGGAGUUUUACAUUUUCUUCCUGUAUGUCAGUGUUUCAUGUUAAAUAAUUGAGAAAUUAAAACUUUCCCAAUGUAUUUAUAUGAUUCACUCCUUUUAAUUACUUAGAUUAUCAAACAAUCUAAGUCUAUUAAUUACUUUUGUUGCCAGAAAAGGGGGUCUUGAUCCAGACCCCAAGAGAGGGUUCUUGGAUCUCACAUGGGAAGGAAUUCAAGGAGAGUCGCAGAGGGCACUGAGAAGAAGUAGUUUUAGUGAAAGCUACUCGGUUACAGAGCAGGGCAUCCUCAGAAAGCAAGAGGAGAAAUACCUCAUCUCUAAGUUUUUCUUACAGAGGGGACUUAUCUAUGUAAAGGCUAAGAUAUGUCUACAUGCUGGUGGACUAACAGCAUGACAAAAUUUAGCGCUUUGUUGAUUUAAGGAAAGUUAUCCUUGGCAUUUUAAUGUAUACGUGUAACCCUGGCUCUCCUAUGCUCCUGUUUCCCUGACACUUUGGUUUGAAAUGUAUCUAUUUCUCUUAAUGAAUCACUACUUUUGUUAUGAUCUGCAGGCUAGUUCAUCUGUAAACACCUGACAUCGCGAAGGCAGAGAUGGCCAAAGAAGACAUGAGCCAAUACAAGGAGAUCAUAAACAUGCAGCUUCACACAUGGAUGUACUAGCUGUUUACAGCACUGCCGCAUGUUUGUGCUCUAUGAACACGAGACUCUGAUAUCUUCUAGUUUGCGCAAUUCCUAUUAGAAAUGAAGAAAAAAUGUGCAGUGCAUUUAUAAUUGCACAUGUUGUGUUGUCAGAUAGAUUUCAGGUAGACAGAUAGACAGGAAAGAACUUCUGCUUUAACUGGGCUUUGAUGAGAAUUAAAUCCUCUGCUUAUAGUUUAAUAUGUCUGAUGAUUGGAAGAAUUCUCGAUAGACUAGUUUCUGACUCUGUAUGUUUCAAAUUUUGUUUCUUAUCCAAUACAUAUGUACUCCUGAUGCUAUGCAUUAAAACGAUUUAUGGCCCUGUACCUUCAUGUCACAGUGCAGGAUGAGUCAGCAUGGUGGGCGCAGAUGUGUUCCUGGAAGCCAUUCCUAACUAAGAUAGAUAGCAAUGACUUGACAAUAGAUCGAAGUGACUGUCAACCACAUAAAUUGAUCCCUCUGAACCUGUAUUAAAUGUACAUGUAACUCAGCUCUGCGUCAGCCACACCCCUCAGCUACUCCAUUGCCACCCACACAGUGACAGACAGAGAGUUAAAGUGGAAAGAGACAUCCAUCUUCAAAGAUUAUGGUAAAAUAUCUUAUUUUCGAAAACUUAACAAAAACACACACCCAUAGGAAAAUACUGCUGUGCUUCUCCCAGGGCUUUGGAGGAGGCCUUGCAAGUGAGGGUCCUGAAACUGAAGAUUCCUAAUUGUUAAGGUAAAUCCACCCACGUGAAAUGAAGCCAGAAUUACAAGUAAGGGGGAGACCAUGUAGGGCCCUGUAGUUGUUAGGAGGAAGUUUGAGUGUUAUUCUAAGAACAGCAGGAAGGCUUAAAAGGCUUUAAAAGGGAAACCCGCUGGUUGUGGGCGGAGGAUUACCUAGGUGCCGAGGCAAGAGACUGAAGGCACAAACUAUUUCAGUAUAAUAAAGAAAAUAGUCAGAAUAAGAGUAGUCAUAAUACAAAUUAGACAUAGAGAUGAUCAUGAACAAUUACCAAUCAUUAUUAUAAACAUUAUUAAUCAUUAGCUUUUAAUAUUACUCUUUGCUGCAUUACUAAUAUAACCUAGGAAUAACCAGUGGGUAUAGGGUCAGGUGCUGAAGGGACAUUGUGAGAAGUGACCUAGAAGGCAAGAGGUGAGCCUUCUGUCAUGCCCGCUUAAGGGCCGCUUGAGGGCUCCUUGGUCAAGUGGUAACGCCAGUGUCUGGGAAGGCACCCGUUACUUAGCAGACCGUGAAAGGGAGUCUCCUUUCCUUGGAGGAGUCAGGGAACACUCUGCUUCACCUGCUGCUUGUGGAAGGCUGGAUAUUAUCCAGGCCGGCCCACAGUCAUCCGGAGGCCUAAACCCCUCCCUGUGGUGCUGUGCUUCAAUGGCCACGCUCCUUGUCCACUUUCAUGCUUCUCCCACACUCCUGGUUCCUCUUUGA